AAAUAGUCAUUUUACCUCCCACCUCUACCAUGUUAAGCUCGUUUCGAAAAACUUUCCAACACUAUUAAAGCAAAAAGUGCCGGUAAUUGUCUAGACAACAAUUUUUCGAUCUGUCUGGAUUCAUUCUGUUGAAAUUUCAUAUAGAACGCUUUUAAAACCAAAUUCCAAAAACAAAAACUUAAAAAUGUUGACCUGGACGCCACUUGAAUCAAACCCAGAGGUGCUGACCAAGUACAUACAUAAGCUGGGCGUGUCGCCAGCCUGGUCGGUGACUGACGUCAUCGGACUGGACGAGGACACACUGGAAUGGAUUCCGCGUCCAGUGAAGGCUUUUAUUUUGCUGUUUCCCUGCAGCGAAUCUUAUGAGAAGCAUCGCGCAGAGGAGCAUGAACGCAUUAAAGAGGUGAAGGAGCAUCCCCAUCUCUUCUAUAUGCGCCAGUUUACCCACAAUGCCUGUGGCACUGUGGCUCUUAUUCAUAGCGUGGCCAACAACAAAGAAGUUGGUAUCGGAAGUGGAGUUUUAAAAAGCUUCCUGGAAAAGACAGCCUCGUUAUCCCCGGAGGAGCGUGGUCAGGCUUUGGAGAACGAUAAGGACUUCACCGCCGAUCAUCAGGCUUUGGCUCAGGAGGGUCAGACCAAUGCCUCCGAGCACGAGACGGUGAUCCAUCACUUUAGCCUGGUGAACAUUGAAGGCACCCUGUACGAGCUGGAUGGACGCAAGUCCUUCCCAAUUAAGCAUGGUGCCACCUCGGAGACCUUUGUUAAGGAUGCCGCCAAGGUCUGCAAAGAGUUCAUGGCCCGCGAUCCCAACGAAGUGCGCUUCACUGUCUUGGCCUUGACUGCUGCGCAGGAGUAGGCUGGAUCUCAAAUCUC